AGAAUAAUAGAAAAGGGCUGGGUGAACAUGAAUAAGGGGCCUUUUUUGACAACGACUAAAUGCAUGAUGAAGCGACUUAUAGCGUUUGAUGUAAAGCAGUAAAGCCACGAUAUGAAUGUAUACUCGUAUGAAUCACCAUAUUUCGAGAUAUGACGUGGGUGCGUAUGUGGGAGAUAUGGCACGAUAGGAGGCAUUUGCCAAUAAUUAUUGUCAUUGAUAGUACAGUGCAAGAGUUUCUUCUUUGAUCAAUACUGGAAUUGGAAAAGCAACACCAAGAAUGAAGUCGUGUUUGCGUCUUUUGCGUUUCGCAUGUACUUCACACUGGACUCUUACGCGAUAAAAGGCACAUUGAAUAAUGUAACAGACAGUAGUAAAGUGAUUACAAACUGUCAAACACUGAUUAAUAGAUUGUAAACGAGUAUUGUCUGUAGAAUCAAACAUCCAUUUCUGGGUGGGCUCAGAAUUUCCAGUGAAAAAAGGCUCUUGCCCAAUUAUUAUCUCAAGUGGCUUGAGCAACGCCCUUUUAAAACGCGAGGUAUUCUCGAUUUGAUCAUUCGACGUCGUCAUGGACAUCGCACGAUCGGUGUCGUGGUCGCCGGAGACGUAUAACAUGAGGGAGUUGAUGUCGUACCUUAAGAUGCCCAUCAUUGCCAUGGUGAGACAAGGACACUGUUCGCUUAGGGAAGAAGAUUCACUUAGCCAGGGACAGGUGAUUAGGAUAGCGCGUAUUCACACACAGAACCGUGUCGUCGCCAAAGAUGCUAAAGACAGGCUGAUCAGCAUACCCUUAUCAUUCCCUUUGGAUUUUGAAGUGAUGCCAAAAAACAAAUCUGGGUCCAUCAGGAGAACAUUCAGGAAAUUAAAACGAAUGCAACUCACCGAGUUAGUACGUAACUACCAGCUCCCGCAUAAGGUCAAACUGCCAAACGACCACCGUAACAGGGACAUCGUCCUAAAUGUCGUUGGAAUCGACCUAUCAACGGGACCAAUCGACUUGCAACAACUCGAGGAAGAAGUAUACCUCCAAGGAAAUGCUGUUAACUUUGGUGAACUCAAUACGACGGUACUCAACAUCCCCGACCACUCUGAUUUGGAAGUUUCUUUAGCCCUUGGACCACGACCAGGCAAAGAGUCACAGUUUAAGAAGCUCAAGAAUAAACUAGCUGAUAAGGUUGCGAAAGAAGUCCGAUUUGGAGACGCAGUCGAUGCACAAGUGAUCAAACGACUGAUACAAAUCGGUGCCGACGAAGACGAGACGCGAUCGAGGUCGGGUUCUACCCUCCGAGGCUCGAGGUCAGUACCCGACGUCAGGGGCCACGUGGUCAACGACAACGGCACCAACGGUGACGCACCUAGUGCCACAGCGAGUCGAUAUCAGAAGCGAGACUCGACCUACAACCGACCCAGUCUCUCUGCCUUAGAGAAACGCAUGAAGGAAAACAACCCACCUGCCUUACCGCCCCCAUCGCCGCUAUACAACAGCGGCAGUUCGUUCGAAUUCAACAACGCCGCCUUCGAUGCCAAUGACAUCAGCGAUUCGGAUGAACUCGAGAGCGAGGAUACAGAGAGUGACGUUCAGCCAGCUCCCUGGACUGACAUCAAGUUGGACGAUGACGAUGACGAUGAUGAAAUAGCCCCACCGAAUAUACUCUUUGGAAAAGUUUCUGCAUUUUCUUUCAACAAUCCCUCGACUUGGGGUUUCGGGAAGCAGAAUGGCAAAGCAGAUCUUAAAACAAAAUAAGUCUACUUUAAUAUUAUCACGAUUAGAGGUGUCGAAGCAGAGUGGUUUGAUCAAUCGGCUAGGGAUACGAGGGCCGUCACUACGAUCCUUCGUCUCGACAUUUGCCCACAGGCUACAUUGCUACUCUCCACGCCAUUAUCGUUGGGGAUGAGCAUGUGCUCGUUUUUAAGAUGGCUAAUGGUUCGAAUGCUCCAAAUGGAGAGGAGUGCGGAAAAAUGUUAUUGCAUCCGAUCACCAGCAUCAUAUUCUGAACUCUGUUUUU